UUGUUUCGAUUAUCCGAAUACAAGAAGAUCAAAUCAAAGUUUUUCAUCAUUUUGUUCUCUCUCUCUCUCUCUCUCUCUCUCUCUCUCUUUCUCUUCACAGAGUUUCUUUUUUCUUUCAAUCCUUGCUUGUUCUUCAUUUUUCUUACCUGUUCUUAGCUUUUUCUGUCAAUAUUCAAUCUUUUCCAUCAUAUAGUCUUUCAAACUUUAUGGUUAACUAAAAUCAAUUGGUAUUCCCAGGAAUACACAAAAAAAAGAAGAAGAAACAAGAUCAAUCAUAUAUCAAUCUUCAAAAUCGCUCCCUUUCUCUCUUUGAAAUUAUAGUAGUUGAGAAUCGGCGAUGAUGAAUGAAGUUAAAACGCAUGUAAUAGUAGGCGUAGAGAUUGAUGCCUUGUGGAAAGCUCUGUCCAAAGAGAUGAGAUUUGUUAUUCCAAAAAUAAUUCCGAAUUUGGUAAAGUCCGUGGAAAUCAUAGAAGGCGAUGGAGGAAUUGGUACAGUCUUCCUCUUCAGUUUUGGAUCCGAUGUAGAAAUGAUGAGUCACCAGAAAGAAAAGAUUGUGGAGCUUGAUGAGUCUGCACAUCAAAUCGGUAUUCAAGUCGUAGAAGGAGGGCAUUUGAAUCAUGGGUUUUCGUUCUACCAAACAACUUUUCAACUCUCAGCAAUUGAGGAGCACAGGACUCAAGUCAAUGUCAAGGUCCUCUAUGAGUCAGCAACUGAAGAAAGAACCAUGCCAUCCAAGACAACAGCAUCUGCUCUCUCUUUCAUCAGCAGCCUAGAAAAUUAUCUGCUGCAUGGUGCUUCAAAGAAAUAAAUUUAAGCUAUUAGGUCUUGGCAUUACGAUAUAUUAAUCUAUUCCUAUUUUCCUUUUAAUCUCUAUUAUAUGAAAUAAAUUUAAGUUAUCCUUAUUCAUUAAUAUAUUAUUUCAUUAUCUA